AUGCCCUGCAAAACCAGCCCCAACCAUAUCCCGAUGAUCCCGUCCGGAACCAAACAAGGUAUCGUCACCAUUCUCGGCUCCGAUAACAAACCGGCAGCCGCCGCCUCCAUCCGCAGAACACUCUCCGCCGACAUGUCCUCCCGACAAUGGCUCCACCAAAACAUAAUUUUCCCUUCUUCUUCUCAUUCUUCUUAUUCUUCAUCAUCAUACUCCUCUUCCUCUUCUGCUGAGGAAGAGGAGCAAUUCAAUCGGACUCCAGACCAGGACGAGGUCUGGAGAUCGAUCCAGGCUAGCAACAACCGAGCCUCCCGACAAGAGACGGAUCGUCCGUGGGGCUCGAUUCUCUCCCACAAGAGCGAACCCUCUUCCCUCCCGCAAACUACCCCUUACGUCCACCCCGGCCUCGUCAAGAGCCGCAUGACCCAACGCAGUCUCGAGAUCUGCACCGAGAGCCUCGGCUCCGAGACUGGCUCCGACUGUUAUUUCCCCUCCACCGAAAACCAACUCCACUUUGAAAACCGAGCCCAAACGCAAAGAGAGUAUCACUACAAACUCGAUUUGUACGCCGAUGUCCAAGUCGUCAAGUACAAGAGCGCGCCGGCGAGGCCCCUCCCGCCGCCCCUCCCGUCGGCCCACCGCCAGCUGCAGGCGCGACGGGAAAACGGUCGUCUCGUCCUCGAGGCAGUUCCCGUCUCGCCCAAAAACAACUUCCGGGUACUCAGACAGGGUGGGCGGCUCGUGCUCACGCUCAUGGGGACACGUGGCGAAAGGGUAUUUGCUGACGACGACGGUGAUAAUGAUGACGGUGGUGAUGGAAAGGGAGAGGAGUUUGUGGUGGAGAACAAGAUGUCGAAUAUAGGUCUUCCGGAGAAGAGGCUGAUGAUGAAAAAGUUUGUGGUGGUGGGGAACGUGAGCGCCGCUUUGGCAUGCAAGGAGGAGGAAGAAGAUGAGAUAUCGGUUGUCCCACAGUCGCUCCCUGUGGCUCCGAGGGUCGGGAGGCUCAAUGUGUACGAGUACUUUUGGAAGAACAAAAGUAAUGGUUUCGGCAGUUUUGUCGGUUCUGUUCCGAACACUGCUCUCGUCAAUCCCAUCGUUAGUAGUGUUCCCAAGGCGGUUAAAAGUAAAAUCUCGAUCAACGGCGGCAACAACAACAACAGUAAUCGGAGCGAGUAUGAAAAUCGGGAUUUUAUGAUUAGGAGAGGGAGCAAAGGAGAUGAUUUGGUGACAUAUAUGAAGGGAUGCAAGGAGCCAAGGAGGUUAUGUUUGAAUUGGGAGCCAUAUUGCAUUGCCACUUCAUGA